AUGCUGUGUUCAAAAGAGGAAAUAGAAAAAAAACGCCUGUCUGCAUUACACAAGAGACAAAAUAAAAUAAGUAACACGUCCACUAGUCCACUCAAUAAAUUAAAUAGAAAAACUUGUCCUUUAAGGGAUAAUUUGCAGAAAAACCUUCCAUAUUUGACACCAAGAUCGGACCAAACUACCCAAAAUGUACCGGUGACUAAAGUUGUCACCGGAAAUGUAUAUUUAAUAUCAGAAGACAGAUUCGAAGUGAAUCCAUCAGAAUUUUGUGCACCGCUUAUAAAUAUAUUUAAAACAAUACCGUCAAGGAUAUAUGCCGACAAAACAAAAUUAUGGAAUUUUUCAAUAGAAGACUACAAUCAGUUAAUGUCUAAAGUUGCUCCAUUAGCUCCUCAUGUUGUGCUUGGUGCCAUUCCUCCAUAUGUUUUAAAGAUAUUGAAAGAGCAAACAGUGGAUCCAAAGAACAUAGAUUUAAUGCCAAUAGAGUCUACAAUCAGACAAAAAUUAUUGCCAUUUCAGGAAGAUGGUGUCAGAUUUGGCAUAGCUCGUCACGGUAGGUGUAUGAUAGCAGAUGACAUGGGGCUCGGCAAGACUUACCAGGCACUCGCCAUAGCAAGCUACUACAGGCAUGAAUGGCCACUUCUUAUUGUCACAACAUCUUCAAUGAGAGAAACAUGGCAGAGAACUAUUCACGAUCUGCUUCCUUCCGUUCCAAUGAUGAACAUAGCCGUCCUGAGUAGCGGUAAAGAUGUUAAUAUUAUUGCCGAUAAACAGACCGAAGUUGUGAUAGUGAGUUACAAAAUGACAAGCAUGCAUACAGAGCUGCUGCAGAACAAGAAUUUCGGUGUUGUCAUUAUUGACGAGUCGCACCACCUGAAGUCUGGGCGGGCGCGGUGCGUGGCGGCGCUGGGUCGCGUGGCGGGGCGCCGGGCCCGCGCGCUGCUGCUCAGCGGCACGCCCGCGCUCAGCCGCCCCGCCGAGCUGUACGCGCAGCUGGCGCUCAUCCGCCGCGACCUGUUCCCCUCCUACACCGAGUUUGGGAAAAGGUAUUGUAACGGGAAACAGACGAGCUUCGGCUGGGACAUGUCCGGACAAUCCAACCUCGCCGAGCUGCAGGUGCUGCUGCAGAAGUUCCUCAUCAGGAGAACCAAGGAACAAGUGCUCACGAACCUCGAAGAGAAGAUAAGAGAAUCAGUGCUGUUGGACAGCACCCUGCUCCGGUACAGCGCGGAAGACGAGGCGGGUCUCUCGCAGCUGGCCGACACGUACCGCUCGACCAGCAAGGCGGAGAAGCAUGCGGCCCUCAUCAACUUCUUCAGCGAAUCGGCUCGAGUCAAACUGCCAGCCAUUUGUAAGUACAUAAAGCAGUUACUGGCAGACGAAGCGACGGGCAAGUUCCUAGUGUUCGCGCACCACAAGAUCGUUAUAGAGGCCAUAUGCGCGACGCUGGACGAGGCGGCCGUCAACUACAUCUGCAUCGCGGGAUCGACGCCCGCACACUCGCGCGCCGAUCUAGUGGACCGGUUCCAGCACAGCGCGUCGUGCCGCGCGGGCGUGCUGUCCAUCACGGCGGCCAGCGCGGGCAUCACGCUCACCGCCGCCGACCUCGUGCUCUUCGCAGAGCUGCACUGGAACCCAGGGAUCCUGACGCAGGCGGAGUCCCGCGCGCACCGGCUGGGUCGUGCGGGCGCAGUGCGCGUGCGGUACCUGCUGGCGGCGCGGACGGCCGACGACCACAUGUGGCCCCUGCUGCAGAGUAAACUCAACGUGCUGAACGACGUAGGUCUAAGCGAAGAUACAUUCGAGACCACCACGAUGAAACAUCAGGAAAGCAAUAACCGUAUAACACAAUACCUCACGCCGCCGAAACGGCCUAAAAACAAAAACGACUACAUUCCCGGAACGAACAUCAGGAAAAAUCCCCUCAAAUCUCUCGCAAACACAUCUGGCAACACAGAGCAAGUCACGUCAAAUGUGACGUUGACAGAUGAAAUGGACUGGGAUUCUGACAUUGACAUUAAUAAGGCGCUGGCAGAUGAACUGGAUAAAUCGUUUUUCGAUGAUCAAGACGGUGAUGAGAUGCUGGCCAAUAUUGAUAUUUGAAAUUGAAAAAAAAAAACAUACUAAUUAUUCCUUAAUUAAAGUUGCAUACUAGAACUAUUGUUAGUUCAUAUAAUAGAAUAUAAUAUUUCUGAUUGCUUAGAUCUUCGUGUCAAAAUCACUUUAACAUAUUGAAACAAGUAUAAAUCUAAAUUACAAUAUAACACAAGCAGGUACCUAGUUAAUGCACGUUAAAACACUAAGUGGAAAAUGAAUUUCUGAUAAUGUAAGAAUUUUUGUUUUAAGAACCAGUUCAUUUAAGUAUGUGUUUAUGUAUAUAUUUAGUUUUGACAACUAAUUAAUAUGAAUCUAAUAAAGGUCAGAUAACGUUACCUUACAAACCAUUAUUUUGUAAAUUCCAUUUUAGAUAACGAUUAUUUAAUUUAUGACCCUCUAAAUUAGUUAUACUCGUGGUAGGGCGUCGUGUGAGCCCACAUCCAGAAUAACGUUGAUGGAUUGCGUGACCUGGUUCUUUAAUUGGAGAUAUAUAUAACAGUAUUAGUUUCAUUUAGUUACAUACAUUAAUAUAACUAAUGUUAAACUAAAAUUAACUAAAUAUAUAUAUAUAUAUAGCUGGAAUCGAUCAGAGCAUAUUGAAACGACGUCCUGGGAGUUUGUAAUUUAAUUUUCGAUUAUUUCCGCAUAAUUUGUUAAUUAAAUAGUUUAUAUAUAUAUUUUUUUUGUGAUGUUACACAUGGUAGUCAAGAGGCUGAAUUGUCAAUAAUAAAAAAAAGGUAAGCGUGAAAAUUUUUUCUUCUAUCUAGAACAAAUACAGACAUUGUACAUGUGAGCAAUUUUGUGAUAAUUGAAGACAUGAGUAGAUGAAGGGGAUAUGAUACAACGUGCUAAUUUUGAGAAAAGGUGCAACAAACUUUUGUUACCUGCUUGUACUUUUUCUUUGUAUAUAACUCCCUCAUCAAUAGCACAAAAAUACCAUUUAAAGCCAAAGCUUUAAGGUCUAAUAUGGUUUAUAGGCACAUAACACCUUCAUUCAAUGUAAAAAAUCAAAAAUCUUAAAAAUAUUACUUAACCCAUUCAUCUAUUCAUGUCUU